AUGGUCAGCGUACCUGGCUCUUCGAAAAGGUGGAGUUGCUCAACCUUAGGUGAUGGCAUCGACCAGGUUCAGAUGCAGAAACUAGAGGCUCAAGAGGCAGAACUUGUGCGUCAGUUGGAGGAGACAACAUACUUCUCUGAUGGUAUUGUUGAGCUUGAUUUCCGAGAUCAAACGAGUGGCAAUGAGGUGACACCGAACCAGCGACCUGUCGCAACACCUGUUCGAGCUGAUGCAUCUGAUAAUGUGCAAUCCCCAGAAUCAGAAGUUACUGACACUUUGGUGGUGGUCACUCCCAAAGCUCAUGGCCCCUCAGACACAUCAGCACCUACUACACCAGUCUCGGAUGUUGCAGCAACACCUACUCCUAGUGCUCCCACCAAAGCAGCAGCUGCUUAUCGCCCCAAAGGUAUGCUGGAUCGGAUGGUCCAACCUAAGUCGAAGAGGCGUGAGUUGGAAGCCCCCGAGUGGCUGAAGGAAGAGUGGAAGAACGGAGAUAAGGCUGCAAUUGCAGACUUACUUCGGACGUGCAACUGGGACAAGGAUGCGUUCCUCAAUGAGCUUCUUGUCAUCGUCAAGAAGAAGAAAUCCUUCCAGUUGACCGUUGAUGAGGGCUGGCACUCAGAAGAGGUGGAGGACGGCUCAGAUCCAACUUCUGAUCUUGGCACCGACUUUGCCGGACUUGACGCUGCAACCAAGCGCCAGACCGACAAGGACAAGGGCAACUUUGACCAGCCAGGUAUGACCAAAUACAUGCAGGACGGGUGGACUACGAAAGAAGCCUUGAAGAGAGUGCUCAGCAGCAUGAUCAGUAAGAGUGGAAAGCUUCGAUCACUGGCCCGAGAGCUCAAGAAAAACUAUGCUGACAGUGCGACUUCUGAGUGCUUGAAGAACCUCGAGCUUCAGAUCAAAAACGUUGAUUCGCAAUAUGACUCGUGCAAUGAAGCUUGGGCAAAGGGCGAAGUGGAAGACUUCCAAGGGGAAGAGAAUGCAAAGAAGUACUAUGACAAGAAGGGUGGCGGCGAUGACACGGACCCGGAUGACACCCAGACCAAGCCUCCUAAGGCUAAGCACAAGAAGGAGAAGAACGCCAAGGACAAGGACAAGAAGACUAAGAAGGAGAAAAAAAAUAAGCCUGGUCGCACUAUCCGUGGCAUGAGUGCAGCAAUUGGAGAAGAGCCUUUGAUAUUUAAGUUUGGGUUCACACAUAACCCCAUUUGGCGAUGGACAAAUCCUAUUUAUGGAUAUGCAACCGCGCGAGAACGCUGGAGCAACAUGCUCAUCCUCCACUACGGACCAGAGCCCUACACCCCAGCUAUGUUAGCUUCAUGUGCUGCUGUGAUUCGCACAGCCCGCGAUUUCGUGGCGGAUGUGGGGGAAUGCUCUGCCGCAAAGUCUGGUGGGUUGAUAAACCUUUCAAAACGAGAUCCCAAAAAUGGUGAAAGAGAUUGUCAUAGAUUGAUGACAAAACAAUGCAGGUUAGCGUUACCACUGAAGAAACGCUAUCUCAAACUCCGUGAUGGUGAUCCGAAAAUCCCAUUCCUACGAUUCCGGGAUUGGCUAUCCAUGAUGUUGCUUCACAACUGCAUGCACAUACUUGUUGGACUAGUUCGCCCAGACCAUGAUCGAGAACAUGCAAUUUUAACAGCAUUCUGGAGGAAUUUUGAAUUGCAAGAACCAACUCAUCCUAUAUUCGAAAGGGCGAGAAACGGUGAGAUCAUCCUGGGACGUACAAUUCCUGUGUUGUUACAUGGGGACGAAGGCCGCUCCAAAAAGAGGAGUGCCUUUCUUGUCACCAACAUACACAGUGUUCUUGGGAGAGGAGUUGAAGUGGAGCUGCGCACUGCAUCUCGAAAGCAUUACCUGAAAAUGCUACCAAAUUUCAUGGGGCACUCGUACACAAAUCGUUUCCUGGCAUGUGCAAUGCAUAAAAGUGCUUACACCGGAAAAAAAUCCUACGUGUUUGACAUUUUGCUGGAAAGAUUGGCAGCGGAACUUGCUCAUGUUUCAUCCACUGGGGUGACUGAUCGGUUUGGCACGCAAUGGUGGGCAGUUUGUGUUGGAAUUGUUGGUGACUGGCCAUGGCUUCAAAAGUCUGGGUCUUUAGAGCGUUCAUUUUUGAAUGCAACAAAGCAUCGCAGCGCUGCAGGGGCUCCACGGGUGUGCCGUGGAAUUUGUCACUUAUGUGCGGCAGGGCAACCUGGAGUGCCUUUCGAGCAGGUUGGCACAAGGCAUCCUACUUGGAGAAAUACGUUUCUACAACAGUCGCCAUUCUCAAGACCAAGUCCAUUCCAAGUUCUUCCACAUGCCCCGGGUGAAAACCAGCUGGCACGGCUGUUUCAUUUCGACCUGUUCCAUUGUUUUCAUUUGGGAUUAGCAAAGAACUACCUUGGAUCUAUGAUUGCUCUGCUGUCUCAACGUGAGCCAGGGACAAGCAUUGACACCCGUUUCGAACAGCUCACUGCGAAAUACCUGGGUUGGUGUUCUACAAAUGGUCGACCAGCACAUGUUCAGCGCUUGACCAAGGAAAUGAUCAACUGGGUCAGCACUACAGUUUACCCGACUGGAGGCUGGCACAAAGGGGACCUAUCCACAUCCCUUUUGUUGUGGGUGGAGUCCAGGUUCUUGAGUGAGGACUGGUCUGAUGAUGACCUACUCUUUCUUGGUGGAGAAGCGGCUGUGGCAGCAAACAAAUUCAUCAGGAUUCUCUAUACCUCCGGAGUUUGGCUUUGCAGUAGUGAUGCUGCUGAAGUGGCCAACUACGGUUUUCGCUUCUUGCGGCGUUACUCUGACUGUGCAUUGCGAGCUUUCCAAAGGAACUUGCGACAUUUUGUAAUUCAACCAAAAGCACAUGCAAUGCACCACCUCUUUUUAAGCAUGUUGGAAGCUUCUUCUUUGGGACCUGUGAUGUCAAUUUUGUGCACAAGUGUGCAACAAGAUGAAGACUACAUAGGUAGAGCAAGUAGACUGAGCAGGCAUGUCAGCGAAACACAUAUUUCAGAACGCGUUUGUGAUCGAUACCUACAGAGCGCUUACGCUCAAUGGGUAAAGAUUGGGUACAUCAUCCGCGCUGGAAGCUGA